AGUUUUAAUUCAAACGCCCUGAAAAGUGGUCGGAAAUUGAAAAAAGUAUUUUUGUAUGUUAAACAUUUAACAAUUUAGUGUAUCUAAAAACAAUUGAAAGUAGUUUGCAUUGCGAAAAAAAAUUUGAUAAUUAACAUUUAUAAGAAAGUGUAACAAUCAUGUAUUCACAAUCUAAUGGAAAAGCUAAUGGAAAUUAUGAAUUCGGAGUUGUCGGAAGUCCUCCGAAACUUAAGACUGGUGGAUCGUACAUUAUCGAAUCACAUUCACAAGGCGAUGCUGGAAAAACUUCAAUCAUUUUCUCACCUUUUAAUACAAAUCAAGCUGGAACACUUGCAAAAUUCUUAAAAGUUUUUCAUGAUUAUGAAGUUGAUUUAUCUCAUAUUGAGUCACGUUCUUCAACACGUGGACCAGGCUACGAAUUCAUGGUUGAAUGUGACGCAAAAGCAAAUCAGCGCUUACAUGACGCAAUUGAAGAAUUAAAACAUAAAUGUGGCUACAUGAAAGUCAUUUCGAGAGCUUAUCAUGACGAAGAUCAUUUAGCGGACGAUGUGAAUGAUGUCGUUCCAUGGUUUCCAAGACGAAUUCGCGAGCUCGAUCGUUUUGCUAAUCAAAUCUUAUCAUAUGGUUCAGAAUUAAAUGCUGAUCAUCCUGGAUUCACUGAUCCUAUUUAUAGACAACGACGUAAAUAUUUUGCCGACAUUGCCUACAAUUAUAAACACGGGCAACCUUUGCCACAUGUCGAAUACACGGAAGAAGAGAUCAAAACAUGGGGAAUUAUUUUCAGGAAUUUAACGAAACUUUAUCCAACUCAUGCAUGUCGUGAACAUAAUCACGUAUUUCCUUUACUGAUUGAGAAUUGUGGUUAUCGUGAAGACAACAUUCCCCAACUUGAAGAUGUUUCAAACUUUUUAAAAGAUUGUACUGGAUUUCAACUUCGUCCCGUUGCUGGUUUAUUGUCGUCUCGUGAUUUUCUUGCUGGAUUAGCUUUCCGUGUUUUUCACUCAACUCAAUAUAUUAGACAUCCAUCUAAGCCACUUUAUACACCAGAACCUGACGUCGUACACGAGUUGCUUGGACAUGCGCCUCUGUUUGCAGAUCCCGCUUUUGCUCAAUUUUCUCAAGAGAUUGGUUUAGCAUCUCUUGGUGCACCUGAUGAUUACAUUGAAAAGCUUGCUACUUGCUUCUGGUUCACAGUGGAGUAUGGAAUGUGCCGACAAAAAGGAGAAUUGAAGGCUUAUGGUGCUGGUUUGCUUUCAAGCUUUGGAGAGUUGGAAUAUUGUUUGACCGACAAACCUCAAAUUAAAGAGUUUGAUCCAGAAGUUACCGGCCUUCAAAAGUAUCCAAUUACAGAAUACCAACCAAUCUACUUUGUUUCUGAGAGCUUUGAAAGUGCUAUUGAGAAAAUGAUCAAAUUUGCUGACACUAUUCCACGUCCGUUUGGUGUACGAUACAAUGCUUAUACUCAAAGCAUUGAUGUUUUAGAUUCUAAACCACAGUUAGACGAUCUGAUGGAGACUAUUAAUCUUGAAUUACACAUUUUGAGGAAUGCUUUGAAGAAGCUUUAAUUUUUAAUUUUUAAAUUUAAUUCCAUUAGAUCAUUAAAAUGUUUAAUGAUUAAUGGAAUAAAUAUGAGGCUAUGCCAUGGGCUAUAUAAAAUUCGAUAUAACAUGAAUGUAAUAAAUUUUAUCUAUAAAUAAAUGGGAUUAUUUAACAAUAAGUUUUUGA